CGGCUAGUUCGUCGUAGAGUAAGCAUCCUCGUCGACCGGACUUUCGUUGUCCCGGCGUCUGAAAAUGCGAUUCUUCAGCUCAAUUUUCCUUCUGUUGGCGGUUACGAUCGUCACCGCGGAAGUCUACUUUGAGGAAAAGUUCCUCGACGAUUCCUGGGAAAAGAAUUGGGUAUAUUCUGAACAUCCUGGAAAGGAAUUUGGAAAGUUUGUUUUAAGCCAUGGAAAAUUUUGGAAUAAUCCAGAAAAUGAUAAAGGUAUCCAAACAUCUCAAGAUGCCAGAUUCUAUGCCCUGAGCACGAAAUUCAAACCAUUCAGCAAUAAAGACAAAACACUUGUUAUUCAAUUUACUGUUAAGCAUGAACAAAAUAUCGAUUGCGGCGGUGGAUACGUAAAAGUAUUUGAUUGCUCGUUGGACCAAAAAGAUAUGCAUGGUGAAAGUCCAUAUCAGAUCAUGUUUGGACCUGAUAUUUGUGGACCGGGAACAAAGAAAGUUCAUGUGAUCUUCAGCUACAAGGGCAAAAAUCUUCUGAUUAACAAAGAUAUCCGCUGCAAGGACGAUAUAUAUACCAACUUGUAUACUCUGAUCGUUAAGCCUGACAACACAUACAAAGUUUUAAUCAACAAUGAGGAGGUUGAAUCGGGAGAAUUGGAAGCAGAUUGGGACUUCCUUCCACCGAAGAAGAUCAGAGAUCCGUCCCAGAGCAAACCUGAAGAUUGGGAUGACAAUGCUACCAUUCCUGACCCAGAUGACCAAAAACCAGAGGACUGGGACAAACCCGAGCACAUUCCUGAUCCCGAGGCCACCAAACCCGAAGAUUGGGAUGAUGAAAUGGAUGGAGAAUGGGAAGCUCCAAUGAUUGAUAAUCCCGAAUAUAAGGGUGAAUGGAAACCGAAACAAAUUGAUAAUCCUAACUACAAAGGACCCUGGAUCCACCCAGAGAUUGACAAUCCCGAAUACACUCCUGACCCAGAAUUGUACAAGAGGGACGAAAUUUGCGCUAUCGGUUUCGAUCUCUGGCAAGUAAAAUCUGGUACAAUAUUCGAUAAUGUCCUGAUUACGGAUGAUCUUGAGGUCGCUCGUAAAUUUGGGGAAGAAGUUUGGAAACCCACUAUUGAGGGUGAGAAAAAGAUGAAAGAGGCUCAAGAUGAGGAGGAAAGAAAACAGAGACAAAAGGAGACUAAAGAAAAUGAAGAUAAUAAAGAUGAUGAUGAGGAUGAAGAUGCGGAUGAAGAGGACAAUAAUGUCCCUGAUACUGAAGAGCAUGAUGAAUUGUAAAUAAUGUGUUGUGAUGGACACGAACACAGACUGUAUUCCAGGAGCUGUGUGGCCGCGACACGCACUAACUUUCCAUAAGAACACAUAAAAAUCAUAGCGAUAAAAAAGAAAAACUAACCAUUGCCAUAAAAUGAAUCAGAUCCCUUUCGAUCGAAUGAAAUUCUACGGGGAAAAAGAAAUAUUUAUUAAAUUCGUGGACAAUUUGAGUCAGUGUACCCAUAAGAGUUCUCUCAUUUUUUUCUAAAGAAACAUGGCCUCAUCUUCGUAACCUGAAUUUUCAAACCUAGUCUUCAAUCGUUCGGUCGUGUUCCAUGAAAUUCAUCGAUGUGAGGUUAUUGUCCUGAACGUUGAGUGUCAAAA